AUGUCCUGCCAGCAGAACCAGCAGCAGUGCCAGCCUCCGCCCAAGUGCCCCUCACCCAAGUGCCCCCCAAAGAGCUCAGCACAGUGUCUGCCUCCAGCCUCCUCCUGCUGUGCUCCAAGCCCUGGGUGCUGCGGUGGCCCCAGCUCUGAGGGCGGCUGCUGCCUGAGCCACCACAGGUGCUGCAGGUCCCACCGAUGCCGGCGCCAGAGCUCCAACUCCUGUGACAGGGGCAGUGGUCAGCAAGAUGGUGCCUCCGACUGUGGCUAUGGCUCUGGAGGCUGCUGCUGACCUAAUUCCUGAUGCUGAGACAAGUGACUUUAGAGGAAACAAGCAUCUCAAGGAACAAGGAGAAGCCCCAACUUGAUAGAUC